UAUAUAAAUAUAACUAAAUCGCUCUUAUCUCCAACGCAAGCAUUUCGAAUAACACAGUGAAAAACCUUCAUCUCAUUGUAGCAAGGGUUGAUCAACAACAUUCAUCAAGAUGCAACAAGCACUCCCUUACAGGUCAUGGUUAACUGAAAAUAGCUCAACAAAUCCCUCGACAUCCAUGAACGAGGGUUUGAGAUUAGGAGGAUCAGCAGACGUGGUUGUCCAUCAUCCUAAAGCGUUAGAAGAAGCAACAGAAGGAAGAAAUAUUAAUAGUGAUACGAAUAAGACGAUGGUAAAGAGUAUGGUAACGGAGAACGCAGUGAUCAUAUUUGGUAGACGUGGUUGUUGUAUGUCUCAUGUGGUGAAACGUUUACUUCUAGCCUCCGGCGUUAAUCCGGCUAUUUAUGAGGUAGAUCGAGAAGAAGAUGAAGUUGUUCUCAUCCAUGAAUUGAGACAACUUGCCACUGAUGAUGAAAAUACUAGUAUUAAUAGGGGUGAUCAAUUCCCAGCAGUGUAUAUAGGAGGACAUUUAUUUGGGGGAUUGGAGCAGCUCAUGGGUGCUCAUAUUUCAGGUGGAUUGAUACCCAUACUGAAGAAAGCAGGGGCCUUGUGGCUUUAGUUAGUAAAUCUUCCUUUCUAUUUUUAUCUAGUUUUCCAUACUUGGCGAUCUUGUGGACGAUAGUUUGAAGACUUUUGUGAUUGUUCCUGUGUAUAUUUAUUUUAGUAAUGUCGUUCUGUUUUUUCCCUUCUCCUUUCUUUUAAUUGUAUGCUUUUACAUUUACGAACUAGACGUUUUCUUCAAAUUUUUGUAUAAUAUGUUAAUGAACGCACAUCAAAAUACUCGUGUCUUUUUGCUCGUUCCCUUC